AUGCGCCCCGUGUGCGCAUCCAAUCAAUUAGUCUUGCAUGACAAAUCUGUAUCCAAAUCUAUCAUUUAUCUGGACGGACUGCGUCUGGUUUGUGUUGGCGUCAUGAACCGCAGGGAAUCAGCGCCGGGGGCCGCACCGACAAGCAUCGUCGGCAAGGAACAUCCCGCUCGAGCAAGGACAAUCCCUCCCUCGUGCGCGCUUCCUAGAGGAACCGGCCGCGAGUCCGCCAUCCACCGCAAGCGGCGGAGAAGCAGCGCAGGAUCGCAGAUUCGCAACCGUGAUGGUGAAGGCAAAAAGGCACUCAUACCCUGUGCGCUGGAGCCUGCGGCAGUUCGCGCCGCCGAUGCAUCUGGGUCACCACUGGCAAAAGGUUCCCGUGGGGCAGCGCAGCCAAGUGGCGGUAGCGGCGACGCUGGAGCAAGCACUUUCGCGGCUAGCAGUCGCGGUCGCAGCAGCGGCAGCAGCAGUAGCAGAGGUGCCGGCGGGGCGUCGGGGGGAUAUAUCACCGGCAGCGGCAGCAGUGAAGGCGUCGAUCUUGGGGAAACAGAUCCUGAGAACCUCCGCUCUUUACCACAGCAAAAACAUGCGGGCCUUGCGAUCGCAAGUCUUCAGGCCAGGCAUGUACCGGCGUCGGCGACGGGGCCGGCGUUGACCGUCAGUUGCAUUAGCUGCGGCAGCGGCUACGCCAAUGGCAGCAGCACCACCACCACCGCCACCAACACCAUUGCAAGAAGCAGAAGCAGCAGAGGCGGGCCUGACAAGGAUAGUGAAGACGACGGUGAUCAUUCGGGAGGGGGUAAUCGCGAGACCGCACACACGGCCACAGAAGCAAGCUGCUUGCGGUGCAGCGGCACGCGAUCGGCUCAAGCGCCCUCGCCCGGCCGACGGUUCCGGAGCAAUGUGCGACAACAGCCGGAGCAGGAACGGGCGAUAGGAAGCGGCGCCCACUUCGGCGAGGGUGGUGGUGAUGGUGGCAACUGUUUCACCUGUUCUGCCCCAACGUGCAAAGCAGGGGAGGAGCAAGCACUGUUACGGUCUUGUAGUGGGGCCAGCAAAGUCGUCAUCGGGGCCGGUGGAUCCACGCGAAUGCAGCCGCGGCAGCCGCCACCGGCAUCGCUGCAUGGAACGGAAAAGCCGUCUUCCGGCACGCGGGGAUGGGCAGUGGCUCAUUGUGGGCAGUGGCGGUGGCGGGAGUUUGUGUUGGCGGCGGUGGCGUUGCUGGCGGUGGCAGCGAUGCCGCCGGCGGCAGCGCAGUGCCCGGAGAUGCCGCAGUUGACCAUUUGGGUCAGCAGCAACUGCACGUACCGCUACCAGCUGUCGUUGUGCUUAUUCAUCACGUGGUGUCCUAAGUGUACGACACCGCCGCAACAGACGUACACCUCCUUGGACAUGAUACUGUGCAGCCAGGACAACAAAAUGACGAUCGAUGUGGGUUGUGACGGCAUCUCGUCCUGCAUCGCCGGCAGCCCGCCGUCGCCGCCCAAGCCGCCAUCGCCGCCAAUGCCGCCGCUAUCGCCCUUCCCACCAGAGCAUCCGAUGCUUCCGCCGCCGUCACCGCCGAGACCGCCACGGCCCCCGCCUCCGCCUCCCAGGGCGCCGUACGUGCCCGGUGUAAAGCUGCCUCCGCCGUCGCCGCCACCGCUCCUCCCGCCAUCACCUAGGCCGCCGAGGCCCCCGCCGCCGCCACCGCCGCCCGCCACCUUCAUCUUCAUCGUCCCCAAGCCCGCCACCUCAGCAGGGCAGACCCUCGCCACCGCCGUCUCUCUUCCCACGUAUCCCUCCUCUUCCACCGUUUCCCCCGUUCCCGCCCCAGCCGAGCAUCCCGCCUUUCCCUCCCUUGAACACUAUUGUACCACCCCCGCCGCCAUCGCCGCCUCCUUUACCACCAAGACCGCUCCUGCACCCCGAACCUACAACAUCGGCAGAGGCUACCAGCUUCGAAUCGGCUACGGCCUGCCAUUGAACCCCACCUCCAGCCAGCUUUUAGCCAUAAAGGACGGCAUCGCGCUGGAGUUUGAUAUCCCCGCCGCCGACAUUGACGUAACGCCUUUUGCGCAGUACCUGUCGUCCGUGUACGUGCUCGUACCAGUUAUUCCGACGCAAUGCGACACUGCACUGGAGAUGUACAUCAAGAGCACGCUCUGUGCGGAGCUUGUACUGCCGAACUGCUCGUACGUGGAUACGGCGUGCAUGUCCGACUACGGGCCCGGGCCGGUGGUGCCGUUUUACCCGACAGACGACACGAACCCUGGCGGCAGCGCCAUACCCGUGGGCGGCGUGGAAAUGGCCGUACGGAUCUUAAUCGACGACGAAACCAACAACGUGCAGUUUGUACUGGAUCUGUUCCAGAAGGACAUCACGCUGAGCGGCUGGACGGUGAUCAACCCUGCCCCCAACAACCUCACAGAGUCGAGCUCCGUGAGGGCGGUGGUGCGCAACCCCACCUCCUCCUCCACGUCCAAUCUCGUCGUGCCGGAGCUGCGUCUCUCCAGCAGCCUCGCGGGCGCAAUCGGGCUGACGCUGACGCAGGUGGUCAUUGACUUCCCCGGCGUGGUGGAGCCCAUCCCUUCGACGUCCAGCAGGCUCUGCCCCAAGCCGCAACUCGGUGUGCUGUGCGGCGCUGACGCCGUGGGCGCCAUCAUCGGCAUCAUCCUGGGCGGCCUGAUGACCAAGGUGAUGGUGAUGGACGAUUUCGCAUGGGCACGCAAGUACGCGCACAUUGUGCCCACCAAUGUCAUCGCCUCGCCGUACAUAACACAGUACCGCAUUUCGAAUCCGGAUGCCGCUACAAAUGCUGUGUACCGAUAA